AUGGUUGGGGGCACGGGUGGGGGUGUGGGUGGGGUAGGAGAGGGAGUGACGGAGGGAAUAGCGGAGGGGCUUAUAGAGGGGUUGGCGGAGGGAAUAGCUGAGGGGCUGGGGGGGAAACGCGCAGAGGGAAACGCGGAGAGGAGAGAGGCGAGACGAGCAGAGGGAGGAGCAGCAGCUGCAGCGGCAGCAGCAGCAGCAGCAGCAGCAGCAGCAGCAGCAGCAGCAGCAGCAGCAACAGCAGCAACAGCGACAGAAGAAAGGGAAACAGCAGCAAAGGGGCGUGUUGAUAUGCAAGGGAAUGAAGAAGAGGCGUCAAGAGGGGGUGUAGAUGGAUGGGUUGACCCUGUAGCGGAGUACAUAGGGUGGUCUAUAACGGGGAUGAGGAGGAGAGGGGGAGAGGUUGUGGGAAGAGGGGAGGAGGAGGGAGGAUGGGGCGAGGAGUGGGAGGGAGGGGAGGAGUGGGAGGAAGUGGGGGAAUGGGAGGAGGAGGAGAGGGAAGAGGAGGAGGGGGAAGAAGAGGCGGAAGAGGAGGGAGAAAAUGGGAAGAAGGCAGAGGACGAGGAGAAUAGGGGGAAACAAGGACGGAAGGAGAUCAGCAGCAGCAAAGGGAAGCAGCAGGGAAAGGAUAAGGAGAAAGAUACCACAGGGAAGCCUGUAACGAGUACAGAUGGCUCCGUGCGAGAUGUAACCUCCUCGAAACCCUCGGAUGUACAUACAAACCCAUCUGAACCCAUGGGUAUUCCAGGAGAUUACAGCGAUCCCCUAGGAGGGUACGGGGAUUCCGUGGAAGAGGGAACGGGCACAGACCCGCUGGGCGGGUAUAUAGACCCGUCAAGUUCUGAGGCGCCUCAAAACAACAUGGACACGGACCCCCUGGGCGGGUAUAUAGACCCGCCAGCAGAGGGUUCCGACCCUCCCGAUGGGUAUAUAGACCCACUGGAACAGUAUAUGCUGUGGUCUGGCGUUGGGUUGGCGGGAGAGGAAGGGGGGGAGGAAGCGGGAGAGAAAGGUGAGGAGGUGAAGGGAGAGGUGGGGGAGGAGGGCGGAGGGGUAGGAGAUGAGGAGGGGGACGAGGUGGAAAAGGAGGUGGGGGAGGGGGGUGUGAGGGGAGAGGAGGGAGGGGAGGAGCGGGGUGAAGAUGUGGAGGCGACGGGAGAGGAGGUGAGGGAUGAGGUGGGGAAAGCGGGGAUGGAGAGGAAAGAGGGAAGGACAGGGGAUGAGAGGAGAGAGGAGGAGAAGCGAGACGAGGAGGGGAGAGAGGAGGAGGGGAGGCAGGAGGAGGAGAGAGAGGAGGGAGGACAAAAGGAGGGGCGAGGGGAGGGGAGGCAAGAGGAGGGGGAAGAGGAGAAGGAAGUUAUUGAAGGGCGGGGUGUGAGAGAGGUUGGAAGGGAGAGGGAGGGGAAGGAAGGGAGGGGAGUGAGGGAGGUUAAAGGGGAGACGGAUGGGGGCGAAGGGAGGGGAGUGAGGGAGGUUGGAGGGGAGAGGGAGGGGGGCGAAGGGAGGGAGCAGGAGGAACGGGAGAGACAGGGAGUGGGGGAUGAGGGGCAGGUGGAGGGGAAUGUUGGGGGGAGGGAUGGUGAGGGAAGGGAUGUUGAAGAGAGAAGGGGAAGGCGAGUGGCUGGUAGAGGGAGAAGAGGGCAAGUUGGAGCGAACAGCAGGAGUGGAAGGGAGAAGGGGGGCAUGAAGAGGGGAGACAGGAAGGGAAAGAGGAAUCGGAGGGGAAAAGAGAAGGCGAGGGGGCAUGCGGAGGAGGAGGGACGGGCGAGGGAGGAGGAAGAGGGGGAAGAGGUGGAGGAGGUUGAAAUGGUGGAGGGGGGGGAGAAGGAGGAGGAGAGGGUGGGGGAAGAAGAGCAGAAGUCGUUUGUGCCCCCACAUGAGGACUGCAGAAGGGCGUUUGGGAGGAAGUACCACCUGCAGUCUCAUGCCCCGUGUUUCAAGACGUCUCAAAGCUUCAUCCUUCCUUCACCGGCUCUUCCCACUGUCGCACCACUACUUGUCUUGCAGCAGAAGUCGUUUGUCUGCCCACACGAGGACUGCAGAAGGGCGUUUGGAAGAAAGUACCACCUGCAGCGGCACAUGCAGUCGCACGCCCCCGACCGGCCUGCAUGCCAGCAUGCAGAGGCACUUGAGGCUGUUUCUUUCCCUGAUUCUGUCUCCCUUUACCAAUCCUUGUCUUCCAUCUUCCCCCCUACUUCCCACCAGUUCCCGUGCCCUCACCCGCAGUGCUCUAAAACGUUCAGCCUGCACGCCAGCAUGCAGCGACACGUGAGGGAGCAGCACUGGGAGGAGGAGGGCAUCAGAGACCGGCUGGAUAGAGUGAACAGAGAGAUCAAGGGGAAGCAGCAGGAGGAGGAGGAAGGGGUGGGGAUUGGGGAUUGGGUGCGUAGAGUGAAGAGAGAGAGUAAGGGAGGUGGGACUGGGGAUAAGGUUCAGGAGAAGGGGGAGAAAGCACAGGAGAUAGCACAGGAGAGAACACAGGAGAGAACACAGGCGAAAACACAGGAGAAAGCACAGAAGGAAGCACAGGAGAAAUCACCGGAGGAAACGCAGGAGAAAGCACCCGGGAAUGCACAGGUGAAAGCACAGGAGAACGCACAGAAGAAAGCACAGCACAAAGCACAGGAGAAUGCACAGGAGAAAGCACAGGAAGAAACACAGGAGAAAACACAGGAGAAAAGACAGGAGAAAAGACAGGAGAAAGCACAGGAGAAAUCACAGGAGAAGACACAGGAGAAAGCGCAGGAGACGACACAGGAGAAAGCACAGGAGAAAUCACAGGAGGGAGCACAGGAGAAAACACAAGAGGCGGCAGAGGAGAAAGCAACAGAAGCAAUAGGAGGGCAAAGAGGAGGGGAGGAGGAGAGGAGAGGACGGGAAGAGAGGAUAGGAGCGGAUGAGGAAAGGAGAGGAGGGGAAAAGGAGAGGAGAGGAGGGGAAGAGGAGAGGAGAAGAGGGGAAGAGGAGAGGAGAGGAGCGGAAGAGGGGAGGAGAGACAGCGAGCAGGAAGAGAGAGGGAGCGAGGAGGGGGCUGGAAAAGGUUUAUGUGCGGUGGAGAGUGGUGAGAAGCAGUGUGACACUCAAAUGCAUGAUGCUGAAUUGUUUCAUACUGCUGAAGAAGACAGGCAAGAAUUUGCUGACGUGGAAGAGGAUAACAGAGAGAUCCUUGGGACCAAUGGGAGAGCAGGGACGGUGCAAGGGAUGCAGGGCCACCUGCAGCAACAGAAGCGGCACCUGAAGAAACACCUGGAGGUUGAUGAGAAUCACCUGGAGAAGCACCUGAAGGAGAAGGAGCAGCCUGGUAUAGAGGUGAAAAGUCACCUGAGCCAACAGAAGGAACACCUGAGGGCAAUGAGGGAGCACCUGAGGAGGAAGGAGAUUCUCUUGAAGGAGGAGGAGGAGUUUCUGCGGAAGCAGCAGGAGCACCUGAGGCAACAGAGAGAGCACCUGAAACAACAGAACGAGGACCUGAGGCAACGGGAGGAGCAGCUUGCAAGGCAAGAGCAGCACUUGGGGGAACACCUGAGGGGGGAGCACGGGGGGGAAGAGCACCUGGGGGGCCACCUGAAGGGGGACCUGAGGGGGAAGCAUGUUGGGGAGAAUGGGUUGCUGCUGCUGCAGGAUGCUGUAUGCUUGUGCUCUGCUGCUGCUACUGCUUCUGUGGGGACGACUGGAGGUGUUGUGGCAGCUGGUGAUGGCGAUGUGGCAGCGGCUGGUGCUGAUGUGGCAAAGGCCGUUGGUGAUGUGGCAGGUGCUCAUGAUGAUGUGGCAGAAGCUGUUGGUGAGGUAACUGCAACCGACGCUCAUGCAAUGGCGACCGUUGGUACGAGUGGGUGCGGUGGGGGGGCUGGUGGGGUGGAUUGUGGGAAUGCUGAUGGGAGGAUUAAGGAGGGCGUGAGGGAAGUGGAGGGGGGGAUGACGCGAGGAGAAGGAGAGGGAGGGGGUGAGGGGAGGGCGGAGGUUGGCAAAGGAGCAAUGGUAUCAGAAGUGGCGUCAGGGGGGAUAAGGAAGUACAAGCAGGCAGGGAUGAUGAGCUGGAAGCGCAGGAGGUGGUGUGAUAAGGACGUGGCAAGAGAUGAGGUUACGGCCGGAAAGCUGUUGAAAGGUAGAGAAAGAGAUGGGAAGUCAAGGGAGAGGACGUCAGAAGCAUGCAAAACUACUGAAGCAAGGCAAGCAGAACGCGGCAUGGGAAUGUCAACAGGAAGCGAAGGAGAAGAAGACACGUCAAGUUACGAGGACGCAGCAGCAGCAGCAGCAGCAGGAGGAGCAGCAGGGGAGGGCACGGCGGGCGUAGCAGAGGGAGCAGACGGGACAACGGCAGCAGGGGAAGGAGCAGCAGAGGGAGCGGACGGGGCCAUAUGCGGCUUCUGCUUUGCUGCCUUCCCGUCCCUCCCUGCCUUGGAGCAACACACGCAGCAGCACCACCGCUCCGUGCCAUGCCAGCACUGUGGCAAGCGUAUAUCUUUCUCUCGCUUCAAGCGCCACCUCAAGGAGCAUGAAUUGAAGGAGCAAAUUUCGCCCCACCCGUGCAAGGUGGAUGGGUGCAGCAAGACUUUCAGUUCGGUGAGUCAUCCCUCUCCCUGCGGCUCCGUGCCCUGCCCGCACUGCAGCAAGCGCAUAUCUUUCUCCCGCUUCAAGCGCCACCUGAAGGAGCACGAGUUGAAGGAGCAACCUUCGCCCCACCCGUGCAAGGUGGAUGGGUGCGGCAAGGCGUUCAGCUCUCCCAGCAACCUGAGGACGCACAUCAGGUCGUGCCAUGCCACCACCAUGACCAUCCUUUUCCAAACUCGCUCAUUGCUGAACCCUUCCUGCUCCGCCUUUCCCCUCCCCCUCUUCCCCCUCAGAGCAGCCCAGCAACCUGAGGACGCACAUCAGCCCAGCAACCUGAGGACGCACAUCAGGUCGUGCCAUGCCACCACCAUGACCAUCCCUUUCCAAACUCGCUCAUUGCUGAACCCUUUCUGCUCCGCCUUUCCCCUCCCCCUCUUCCCCCUCAGAGCAGCCCAGCAACCUGAGGACGCACAUCAGCCCAGCAACCUGAGGACGCACAUCAGGGCAUGUUAUCAGAAGGACCGCCCCUUUUACAAGCUCACUUACUGCAUGGCCCUCUCGCUACUCUCCCUUUCCCCUUCCCCUUUUCCCCUCCCCCUCAGAGCAGCCCAGCAACCUGAGAACCCACAUCAGGGCAUAGCACCCAGCAACCUGAGAACCCACAUCAGGGCAUGUUAUCAGAAGGACCGCUCCUUUUACAAGCUCACUUACUGCAUGGCCCUCUCGCUACUCUCCCUUUCCCCUUCCCCUUUUCCCCUCCCCCUCAGAGCAGCCCAGCAACCUGAGAACCCACAUCAGGGCAUGUUAUCAGAAGGACCGCUCCUUUUACAAGCUCACUUACUGCAUGGCCCUCUCGCUACUCUCCCUUUCCCCUUCCCCUUUUCCCCUCCCCCUCAGAGCAGCCCAGCAACCUGA